AUGUCGUCCUCCAACAUCUACGCCGUGAGCACCGUCCUCGCCGUCCCCCGUCCCCCCCGUCCCCGUCGUCGCUCACAUCCACCUCCUCUCCCACAGCAUCGCACCCUACAGCCCACCGCACAGCCCUCCCAGGGCUCCUCCCAGCAACAGAGUCAGGCCCGCCUCAACGAGUGCUUCGACACAAUCCGCCAGGAGUUCGACGGCCUCUCUCAGGAGUUCAAUCUCCUCCGCGGCCAGCGCGACGACUUUGAGAGCAAAGGUGCCCACCCCCCGCUUUGUUCUUUUCUCCACAUCCGCCACAUACCCACGCUCACCCCCGCUCUUCCUCCCUUUCUCGGGACCACCCCCGCCCCCCGCCCCACAGUCUCCGGCCAGGUCAACGAGCUCAACAUCAUCCGCCAGAGCCUCUACGACCUCGAGGCACAGCAUGGCAAAAUACGCCAACAAUACGAAGAAGAGCUCAGCCGCCUCCGCGCAGAGCUCAUGUCCCGCCCCCAAGCCCCCCAUCCCAACGUCGGCCCCGGCACAUCCGGCCUCGCCACCCCCAUCACCUCAUCCGGCCCCCCUCUCCCCCUCUCCGCCGGGCCCAGCCAAUACAACGACUCCUUCUUUCCCCGCGAUCGUGACCGCGCCGACAGGGACCGUGAACGCGAGAGGAUCGACCGCGUCGAGCGCGACCGCGAUCGUGAGAGGGAGCGCGAUCCCCGCGACUCCAAGAGAAUAAAGACAGAUACAAGGAUCAAGUCUGAUCGUCCAGAACAUUUCAGUCCCUCCAUGAACCCGGGCCCCUCGCAUCCUUCCAAUAAACUCCCUCCAGCCCCAGGUGGCCCCGGACAAGCGCCUCCCUCCUCCGCCUCCACGCCCUUUUCCGGCGGCCCUCCGCCCUCCGCCACCGAACCCUCCUCCAGCGGCUCGGGUGGAAUGGUCCCCGUGAAUAACGCCGGCGGCGGCUUUCUCGAGGACAUGGACCCCCACAACAUGCCGCCCGAGUUCAAGAAGGAGGGUACCGAUUGGUUUGCCAUCUUCAACCCCCAGGUGCCGCGCGUGCUCGACGUCAAUCUGGUUCACACCCUGCUCCACGAGAGCGUCGUCUGUUGCGUGCGCUUCUCCGCCGACGGCAAGUACCUCGCGACGGGAUGCAACCGGUCUGCGCAGAUAUAUGACACCAAGACGGGUGCAAAGACCUGCGUUCUGAUAGACCCAGAGGCGACCAAGACGGGCGACCUUUACAUCCGGAGUGUCUGCUUCAGCCCGGACGGCAAGUUUCUGGCGACGGGCGCAGAGGACAAGCAGAUCCGCAUCUGGGACAUCGCGAAGCGCCGCAUCCGGAACGUGUUCAACGGGCACACGCAGGAGAUCUACUCGCUCGACUUUUCGCGCGACGGGCGGCUGAUCGUGUCCGGCUCGGGGGACAAGACUGCGCGCAUCUGGGACAUGGCGGACGCCAAGUGCACCGUGCUCACGAUCCACGAGCCAGAGGCGGUCGACUCGGGCGUGACGAGCGUCGCGAUCUCGCCCGACGGACGCCUCGUCGCGGCGGGCUCGCUCGACACGAUCGUGCGCAUCUGGGACGUCGCGAGCGGGCUGCUCGUCGAACGCCUCAAGGGUCACAAGGACAGCGUGUACAGCGUCGCGUUCACCCCCGACGGCAAGGGGCUCGUCAGCGGCAGCCUCGACAAGACGCUCAAGUACUGGGACGUGCGCCCCGCGCUUGCCGGGUUGGGCUCGGGCUCGGGCUCGGGUCGGAAGGACUCCAUCGCGGGCGGGGCGGGGCCCGGUGGGGGAGGAGGCGUCGGGAACGGGAAGAAGGAGGGCGGGGAAAAGGGGAGCUCGUGCACGAUGAACUUUGCGGGGCACAAGGACUACGUGCUCUCGGUCGCGGUGUCGCACGACGGGCAGUGGGUCGUGUCGGGCUCGAAGGACCGGGGCGUGCAGUUCUGGGAGGCGCGGACGGCCGUCGUGCAGCUCAUGCUCCAGGGACACAAGAACUCAGUGAUCUCGAUCGACCUCAGCCCGGCGGCGAGCCUGCUCGCUACCGGCAGCGGCGACUGGCAGGCCCGAAUAUGGAGUUAUACCACGGCAUGA